CUUGAAAGAUUUGAUUUGAACCAUCAUCGUUUCCUUCUUAUCUUUUCAGUUCUAUGCAUGUCAUCCAAUUUUCUCCCAUGUUUGUGUAGUUGUCCCUUCUUUCCAAUGCAUAUUUCUGACUGACAUUACAGUGAUUGUACACUUCCCUUUCCUAGAUCCCCAGACCAAGAACAGUGAAGCCCGCUCCCCUUUUUUUUACUCUGCAGUAAGAAAACAGAACACAAACGAGUUAAAUUGGCUCCAGCAGGUCUCUGGUUCAGUUUUCACAAUUGUUAAUAUAAUAGAACCUCAACAAGAAGCCAAAAGAAGGCCCCCCUUUGCUUUACCUUCCCCAGCAAUUAUCGAAGACGAAGAAAGAUUGAAACUUUGACAAGGACUAUGAAUUCAGCUGGCAUUUUCAGCGACGGUGACUGGGCCGACGAGCAAACGGGCGCCCGUUUCUUCAAAAUCAUCCUUCACUCCACCGUUCUUGACAAGAAGCUGUUGGUUCCGCGGAAGUUCGUCAGGGAUUCCGCAGGCGGGCUGCUGCACUCCAAGUCUACAACUUUGAAGCUACCCAGUGGAGACGAAUGGGAAGUGGAGUUGAUAAAGAAAGGGGAAGAUGUCUGGUUUGGAAGCAGCGGGUGGCAGAGAUUUGCCGAGUUUUACACUUUGGGGUAUGGUCACUUCCUGGUUUUCGAGUACACGGGUCGCGGCGAGUUCUCUGUGGUUAUCUUCGGUAGAUCUGCUACCGAGAUCAAUUACCCAGUUAGGGAAGCGAUUGGGAUUGAGGAUUCGGCUGUUUCUGUGGAGAUUCUGGAUGGUGAUGUUGACGACGACGAAAUGGAUGCUGCAGCUACAAACAAGUUGAAGGAGAACAGCAAAGGCAAAUCUCCAAUGGCGAACGAUGGUGGUAAUGGUAAGGCUGGUGAAGCUGGUACUAUCCAGAUGAAGAGGGAGCAGAAGAGUUGCUGGAAAUCAAUUGCUGAGUUUGAUAAUCCUAUGGAAGAGAAACAAGGUUCUUGUUCAAAGUCAAGUAAAAGUGGAGCUCUGCAAUUAGAUGGAUUCCCAUCGAAACGUCCCUCCUUCCAGAUCAAAAUGAGUCAAAGUUACAUGGCAGGUGCAAAGCCGCAUAUUCCUCUACCCUUUAGACAGAAGCACAUUAAGUUAACCGAGCAACGGCUGAAACUUGAGGCUGGAGGUAGGGAUUGGACAGUAGAGCUGUACGCUUAUAGGACCAAGCACAUGAAGCUUGGUCUUGGGUGGAACUGCUUCAUGGAAGAUAACUCGCUCCAGCUUGGAGAUGUCUGCAACUUCGAGCUGGUAAGUGGUGAUCCUACAGAUGUUCAGCUGAAAGUCACGAUCGCCAGAGCUUGUGCUUGAUUUAGAAAGAUCAUUUUGAGGGAUGUUAGAAUGAAAUUUAGCUCUCAUCAGUGGGGAUGGUGUUUUAUGUUUAUCGGAUUGUUAUGCUUGGCCACAAGCAUUGUUGUAAUGUCUAUUUCUGCAGUUGUUCAUCUGUUCAUCACAAGGACACGCUUAAUUCAUUUAUUUUUUAUUAAUUUAUUCUGCCCUAUCGGCCAGGGGCAUAGCCCAGCAUCCACCCCUGCAACUUAAUUUCGCUUGGGCCUCCAGCUUCCUUUAUUAGUACUUUUCUUAUUUCCCAUCUGAGAUGGGCCUUCUGUUCCAUACCGGCCCAACAACCGAUGCGAGACAAGCUGCCCAAUAACAGUACGUGGACAAAAAAUUAAGUAAAUAAAAUAGCACAUGUUAUUAAUUUAUUAUCAAGAUAAUAAGUUAAAAUAUAGGGACCAGUACCACCGCCCGUUUAUUGGCAAAAGUGACACAAAACUCUUCAACGACGGCCUUAAAGUCGUCGCUAAAUAGGUUAACAGAAUUCAAGUUCAAACUUAAAACAUUUGAAACCAUGACAAGCCGCGGCGGAUACAUAGUAGAGCACUGGGCGGCAAUUUUUAAGAAAAUUAGAUACCAUGAAAAAUAUAUAAUAGCCAUAAUUUUUGUACAAUGUCAAUUGUACACGAAGGUCUUUUAAUUAGUAAAUUCUUCAAUAAUGAAAUUUACAUACAUACCAAUAGCAUACUGUCUUUAGUAAAAAAUAGCUAAACAAUCGACGAGAAACUCAUCACUCAUUUAGUUGCGCAAAUAAGUUUUCACAUGGGUUCUAGACAAAUCAAUCGACUAAUUAAUUUGUAUUGUGUGUCCAUCCCUAUUUACACCAGCUGCCCUAGUAAUUUUUCAAGGGAACAAACCUCAUAUUUCUUUUAGUCUUUAAGGCUUCAUUGUUUUUUUAUAAGGCGAUAAUCAUUGGGGUUAGAAUUUCUAGGCUAAAUUUAGGUAGAGAUUUGAAUGUAUUCGUCUGAACCAUUUUUCUCGUUACACACAAUUUUAUUGUAAAAUAACACUGGACCAAAUGUCUAAAAUCGAAAAAUUCAUAAAGGGUAUACUAGCUCCGGAUCCAGAGGAGGACUGGGCCGUUGAUCCGCCGCUAAUGACAAGAAUUGAUCGAUUCCAAUAACCGUGUAAUUGAAAAAGGUUCAAUAAUGAAUAUUACGACCGCAUACUCAGCAUCCUCUCAUCCUAAACCAACUUGGAAAACCCGAUCGAGGAUAUGCAGAUCAUUCUGAAAUCACAAAGAAAUUAACCUGAAAGCUUAGAAUAAUUAAUUACCUGCAUGCAGUCUCCAGAUACGUACAUAUCAUGCAAGUAUGCCAUUGGGCAGUUCAUCAUCUCCUUAGGCUGUGUAAAAGAGGGGAGGAUAGCAUGUGGAAAGAGAGAUGAGGGGAGCCAGAACGCUGCCUACUUCAUCAAAUCAUCACUUCUCCUUCUUCCUUGGGCUGAAACUAGAGAUGGAGGAAGUAGGCAAAUCAUUCCGGCUUCCAGCAACAGCUCUCUUCCUCAUCUUAUCCCUUUUUCCCUUCUUAGUUAUUAGCCAGCUGCUAGCUCGAUUUGAUUACUAUACUUUUGAAAGUAAAUGUCUCGGCAAAUCUAUCUAUUUAUACAACUCGAAAAAGCUUUAGCAUCCACAGUUGACAAUUCCACGUAAGGAUCGAGUGGGGAGAAAGGGAGCUAAUAAUAUAAAAUAACAUAAUCCUUACCCAAAAAGUAGGAAUAUUUUGGCUCUCCCCAAUUGGCCCAACUUGAUCAGCUCGCAUGAACCAAAUGCCAUGGCAGCAGAACUACUUUUAGGUUUUUUAGAACUUCUUAUCGAAACUCAACAAGUUUAUUUUCAUCACCUGUAUAGGUUUAGGUCCGGUUAAAUUGGACCAAAUUGAUCCGGUCCCAGUCCGGUUUUUUCGAGAAUAUAAGGAUCAAAGAUUG